AUGUCAGCCGCCGGACCCAUACCAUACGACGUCCAGCCAGGCUUCCUCUGCAUCCAGCGCAAGGGCGCAGAGGACCACAAGGCCUGGCCGACGGGCGCCACCGUCAGGGUGGCCUACGUCGGCCAAGUGUCUCCCGUCGUCAGGGGCGCGAUGGACAGCGCGCUGGCAGAGUGGCAGCGAAUCGUCGGCACCUCGCCCGUCCCGAUCGAUAUCAAGAUGGCCUCGCCCGACGACAAGACGGCCGACGUGCGCAUCGCAGAGGGGAGCGGCAUCAGCUGGUGCGUCUACGGCGCCGAUGCGCUCGACGUGCGCGAGCAGGACAGGCCGACGGCGUGGUUCGGCAUCGGCGGCUGGAAACGCGGCGUCGGCGCCAUCUGGACGCCCCAGGAGGUCGGGCGCGUCGCCCGCCACAUGUGCGGGCACAUCUACGGCCUUGCACACCCGCUCGACGACGCGGCAAAGUGGAAGCCCGACGCCGUCAAGCGGUACCUCGCCCAGGACGAGGCUGGACAGCUGCUCGACCAGCCGGGCCUGUCGUCCUGGACGGCCGCGGCGGGCUCGAUUAUGCGCUUCGACCGGCCCGCUGAGCUCGUCGAUGCCCCAGUCGGCGGCGGCCGCUCAAUGUCGACCUUGAGCGACGCGGUCGAUGCUCCCACCGUCGCACUCCUCAAGUCGCUCUACCCGACCAGCCCCGACGUCGAAGUCGCCAUCUGCAAGCGUGCCGACAUGGACGCUGCGAGGUGGGGCAAGGAGCACUCCACCUCGAUGACGUCCAACAUCCUCCCCGGCGUCUGCAGGCUCGACCUGGCGGCCAACGCGCAGUUCCGCUUCAACUGCUUUGCCCAGCCUGACCUGGUCAAGCCGGGCAAGAGCUACGAGUUCAAGAUGCUCGCCUGGGGCGGCCCUCCUUCCGACCUGGGCCCGGACUCGACGGCCAGGUGGCUCUCGUUCCCGCCCGCCGACGCGCGCAUCCAGACGGGCACCAAGGCUUCCCAGGAUAUCCGCCCGGGCAGCGCCGUCACGGGCGAGUCGCUCGACCAGGAGAUCAAGUUCGCCGCGCCCUUUGCCAGGCCGCCCAAGGUCGUCGUCAGCCUGACGGGCUUCGACAUCAACCGCGACUCAACGGUGCGCGCCAAGGUGUACGCCACCGACAUCACGCCGACGGGCUUCAAGAUCCACCUCGAGACCUGGGCCGACACGAGCAGCUUCAACAUCAUGGCCUCCUGGCUCGCCUACCCGGCCGACGACGACACCUUCCGGUCCGGAUCGCUCGACCGUCCCGGCACCGGCCUGCAGCUGCAGCACUCGGCCGACCACACGUUCGACUCGCCCUUUGUCAAGCGGCCACGCUACCUGUGGUACGGCCUCAGCCUCAUCGACACGCCCAACACCAAGGUCGGCGUCGAGAUCAACGUGCCCAGCUGGACACGGUCCGGCCUCACCUCGGUCGUGUCGGCGACCAAGGCGGAAAACAGGUUCAGCCGCCUGUGCGGCGUCUACAUUGCCAUCUUGUAG